AUGGCCAUCGGAAUAGCACAAAAUCUUUCAGAAGAACACAUAUUAAAUCAAAAAAUUGUUGAACUUUAUGAGAGAUUAAAACAUGCCGAGAUGUUGAACUUAGAAAGAAGAAGUGAUAUUGUUAAUUUAAGGCAGAACUUUGGCAAUCUCCUACAUGCAGCCAGUAAAUUAGAUAGUGUGAAUAGUUCAUUUCGUGCAAGCUUAGGUACAUUAUUUAAAGAUUCUCAGCAGCUACUUGCAGGCAUACAAGGGGGAGUUGAUCUUCAAUUGCCGUCAAUUCAUCAUUUCCUUCCACAUCUACUUAGUUCGCCUGACAGCUUAUCUCCUGCUAUAAAACUUUCGAGGGGUAGAAGUGGUGUGACAAUGGUUUUAGGUGUACCUACAGUUAAAAGGGAAGUACAAAGUUAUUUAAUGUCAACAUUGCAAAAUCUCAUUGAAAAUAUGUCACCUGAACAGCAGAAAGAUGCUGUUAUCGUAGUAUUUAUUGCUGAAACUGAUAGUGACUAUGUUACCCGCCAAGCUAGUGAAAUUGAAAAUCAAUUCCAGGACCACAUUAACUCUGGUCUGUUAGAAGUAAUUGCACCUCCUAGUACUUAUUAUCCUGACUUCAACAAACUGCGACAGACUUUAGGGGAUCCUUUAGAACGUGUCAAGUGGCGUACGAAACAAAAUUUGGAUUUUUCAUAUCUUAUGAUGUAUGCUCAACCAAAAGGAAUGUUUUAUGUUCAAGUAAGUUAGAGUUUGCGAAUUUUACCAUUUUUG